CAAUUGGCAGCUCCUUCAAGCCACCCCUUCUUCUAUCUUCUUCUACCAUGGGUCCGCUAUUCUUCAACCCUAAACUCAAUAUCCUACCAACACCCCUCUCCUCCUCUCCGUUAUUAUUCCCUCCUCUCCUCAAUCCCACUCCUCAACUAUCUCUCUCCUGGUUUCUUUCCACAUACGCUCUCCUUCUCUCCACGGCUCACUUCAUUGCCUCCCUCUUUGGUACCAACUCCUACCAUGACCCUGUUGCCAUGUCAUUUUUCUCUCACAAUCGCGUCCAGUUGCUUCACUGCCCUGACCACAACAUUACUCUAGUGUUCUUCUCAACUGGGUCCAACCAUGACCAAGUUGGGUUUUGGUUCUUCAGGUGAAAGAGAAUAAAUUGGAGGUUGCAAGCAAUGAAAACAAUGACGAUUUUUGUCGCAAAGUACCAAAUUAAUCAAAAGAUCUUGAGGAUUUUGGUGAACCCAGUUGGUGAUUUUGACGAUUGUUUAGCUGAUUUCAGCAAAAGGCCUGUUGUGGAUUAUUUCGGUUGUAAAUUGUUCAAGAGCUGGAUUGCGGAUGCUUGUCGGAGUUCACAUUUGCCUCAAGAAUGUCUGGUUUUGUUGAAGAAUGGUGCAUUAUUUAUGUUUGAUUUGAGAACUUAUUUUAAGCCUCAAAAACCAAAUGCCUGCAUUGAAGGCACUAGAUUGAGAGUUUUAUGGGGAUGAUUCAGUAAGUUUGAAGAACCGUAAAUAGCUGGGCUAUGAGUUUAGUUGGCAUCCUAGGAUUUUACUUGUUGCUGGAACUAAUACAGUAUUUUUAGUUGAUUUAAGGCUUGACAAGUCUAAUAUAAUUUGUUUAGCAAAUAUCGAGAUGUUGAUGUGGUAUGCUCCAGUAGGAAAGGAACAGUUCUUUGCUUUCUCGAGACCAAGAUCCAAUGGGUUUCAAUUUGUUUUGGCUUCUGAUAGUUUGUUAAUUCUUUGUGAUGUGCGCAAGCCAUUGAUGCCACUAUUGUACUGGGCUCAUGAUCUUGGUAAACCAUCAUGCUACAUUGAUGUGUUUAAAUUAUCUGAAUUAAGAUCACAAUCAAGCUCUGAAAUGCAUGAGUGGGCAACCGAAUCAGGGUUUUGCAUUAUAGUAGGAUCGUUUUGGGAUUGUGAGUUUAGGCUAUUUUGCUAUGGGCCUUAUUUGCCAGCUUGCAAAGAGUCUAUUACUUCAGGAAUUCAAAUUGUUAGAGAGGAUGCUCUUCCUGGGCAGAUUGAUUGGGGGCAAAAGAAAGAGAUGGUCCUCGGAUUUGGAAUUCUUAACUAGGAUCUAUCUCCAAUUUGCUGUCUGAGUCAGAUGAAUUUGGUGGAUUUAUUUUCAUUAGGCUAAUGUCUAUGGGAAAGCUUGCAGCUAAGAGAUAUUCUGCUUCAUGGGAGUUACUUACAAAAUUGCAUACCUCCCAUAAAGAUUCAUUAUGGACUUUUGAGUCAAACUUACUUUACUUUACUGAAGAUGAAGAGUUCAAAUUCCUCAAAAGAUUCAAAUAUUUGAAGCUUAAUUAUCUUAAUGGGUAUUUGAAUGGAAAUCUUGCUGAAAUCCUAGAUUCCAAAAUGAGAAUGCCCUGUAAGGGUCUUUUAGAGAACGAAUGCAGUCUAGACUUCAUGAAAUUUUGUGCAAGAAGUUGAAGGUUUUAUGAAUUUGAUCACUUCAGUUGUUCCCCUGCCAUUUCUGCUGUUUUUAAUGAAAUUAGCUUGUAAUU